AUGGAUCAUACAUGUGUAAAUGCAAGUAAAUUUUAUAUUAGUUUGAAUGAUGGAUCUAUUAAAUUACCUAGGACUUUUGAAUUCUGCGGAAAUGGAGUAUAUUCCUUCAGAAAUAAUUCAAGAAUUAAACUUCUUUGUUCAAAAUUUAUAAAAUAUUUAAAGAAGCAAGAUAAUAUAUCAAAGGAUUCAUAUGUCAAAGAUAAUAUUUGCGAUCUUUUAAAUUUCUGGUUGUAUGAAAAGUUAGCAGCCAUUUUCAUGGAGAAACAUCAAGAACGUAACAAUAUUUACCUUCAAAUUAUGGCUAAUAUGAAUGCGGUAUAUGCCUGGUCGAGUUCACCCAUUCCCCAGAAUUGUAUUAUUGAUACUAAGAUUGUUAGUUACAAUGAUUGGGGGAAGAGAAAGCAAUUGUAUGAUUAUUAUGUCGAUCACAAUUAUCUCAGAACUAUGAAUAACAACAGCGAAAAAAGUUGUAAGGAAUUAUGUGAUUAUGUAAAAGGUAUACAAUCAUUAUAUAAUUAUUUUAGUGAAAAGGAUCGAGAGACAGUUAACAAUGAUUUCCCAGAAUUUUAUAGCAAAUAUAUUCAAUAUGAUCCCAAAACUACAUUAACUCAUCUAAAAUGCGAAGAAGUAAAAAAUAUAAAGGAUGAUGCUACGAAUGUUAUACAUCCUGAAAAACAUACCAUAUAUACAGAUCAUGAACAAAGAAAAUAUUCAGCUGAUGAAGAAGGAACAUAUUCUUCAAAUAAAGAAGGAAUAUAUUUAGAAGAUGAAGAAAUAAUAUAUUCAGUAGAUGAAGAAGGAAUAUUAAAAUCUAGAAUAGUGCACUCUGAUAUGUCAACAAGUGAACUCAUAACUUCUGAUGUGUUACAUUACAAAGAUAGCAGAUUUAGCCUAGUUAAAAUAUUUAGCACUAUAGUCCUUGUAGCUGUUGUAAUUUUUGUGACUUUUGUCGUUUUAUAUAAAUUAUCACCCAUAGGAAGGAAAUUUCGUAAUAUAAAUGACACAAAAAUAAACAUGAUAUGUAAUAGAAAGGCGAAGAAAAAUAAAAUAUAUAAUCAUAAAUUACAUUAUGAUAACUCAUUUCCUGAUUAUCUCAGAUGGAGUUAUAUAGGUUAUAAUCCUGUGUAA